AUGGUGGGCCUCCUGGCUCAGCCUGAGUGCACCUCUCAAGUCGCAGAGGAGUUCUCCGCACCGUCCCGAGGGGACGAGGUCCAGAAAGCCAGUGGCUCAUCGACACGCUUCCGAACGGCGAGCCGUAUCUUGCACCCAUCGUCUGAGCACGCUGUCGCGGAUGUGGUGCUUGCAGCACCGGUGCUGGCACAUGUGUGCAGUGACAGCUCGAAAGGCGACCACCAGGCUUUGGCAGCUGAGACGCUGCCUUCAGAAGCUUCCGAAGAACAAUAUCGAGAACGUGCCUACUUCAGCCAAGAGAUGAAGGUAUCGAAGUACGAACUCUACCGGGAGGACAUCAAGGACAUGACGGAACUCACUGUGUCCAAGAUGGACGUAUACAUGGUGAUCAACGUCUUGCAGCUUCUGUUUUGCGUGAUGCUCUUCACGGAAGGCAUGCCCAAGCCUGGAAAGACUCCAUUGUGGCUGCAUUGGAUUCUGGCUGCAAGCAGUGCCUCUGGUGUCCUCUACUUUGUGCUGAGCAUUUGGCUGGGCAUGCAUGCUUCGAUUGCGGCGCAUUCCUUUGGAGUCAGGCUGCUGACCCAGUUUGUGCGUCUCCCUGUGCCCAACACGCAGCAGAUUCACCGCGCGGCAGCCAAGGCCAAGGACUACGAAGCUCUCAGUUUGAGCGACAUGCUCCGCAUCCCUGUGCUACAGCAGCAGCUAAGGAACCUUAGUGCCACAUUGGGCAAUCUGUCGCAGCAAACCACGGCGGAGGACACAACCGGCUUGGAAGACUCCUUUUUACCAGAGGUGUAUAUGCCAUCACUGGAGGAGACAGCGUCGCUAAAGCACAUCCAGUUGUACAGAGACCUACAGGCGAAUUGGCAGGCCUAUGACGCCUAUAGCCGAGUGUGCAUGGCGAUGGGUACAAACCAGCUCUUGCAGUCCCUCAAUGCUUACUGCCUAGGUGUUCUCCUUUCCGAGACUCACAGCGGGUGGGCAGCCGUUUGUUGCAUGGCCGUGUUCAGCUCCGUGUCCUGGCUUAUCGUCAGAUUGGACGUCCUCAUCAGCUGGAGGUUGCUGAUGGUGGCGUUGGCCCUUCAGUUGGGGACUCCGUUGUUGACACUUUGCUGCCUUGCGGCCUCCAUCCUGUUCACUGGCGUCCUAUCCCUCAUCCGCGCCCUUGUGCCCGUCAUCUUUGUUCUGCAUCUGGCCUGGAUGGUUUGCUGCCUGCGACUGGCAACAGGGCACGGUGACAAAGUCUCACUGCCAGGGAAGUUCCGUGGUGUGCUCUACUUGGACGUCUUUGGCUGGCUGUCUCCAGAGGCAGAGAGUCCUCGUGCCCCGCGAAGACGCGAGGCGCCGGCCCCAACAGAACAGCCGCCAGAAGACGAGGCCCCAAGUUCUUUCCAGCCACUUCCCGCCAUGUACAUGACGCUUGCGGAGCUCUGCAUGCGUCAGAGGGCUGGACUUGCCUUGCAGCUGGAGAAGUGGGAAAAUCCUCGAGUGGCAAGCGUUCUCAACGACGAAAGUUGGCUGGAAGAAGUUGCAAAGCAGAGGCGCCGUUUCGAAGAAGUGGAGGAGGAGCUGCGAACCACUUUGCAGCGAGCCCGAGAGCAGCCACAGCAGGAUGCAGAUGCAACUCCGAGGGUCUGGCUGAAGCUGGAGUGGUUCGCUUCUUUCCAGACUUUGGA